CCAAUCGGUACCGAAAACUAAAAUAAUAUUAAAAUUCGACGAAAUGGCUGAAAAUUCGGGAGAACAGAGCAUAGACCAAAAAGAUAUUGUUAUCCUUACCGAUUUUGCGUCGGCGUUAAAAAGCUGCAGCGAAUGCAUAAGGAAUAACACCGUCAAGACUGUGGAUGUGUUGACAUUAAAAAAGCUUAAAAAAGUAUCAGGGCUUAUAUUGAUGAAGCGGCUCGCUGCGUCACUGCGUUUAAACAAAUGUGCGAUUGGUUUCAGAUGAUGAAAUCGUCGACUGAUGUCGAUUGCAGCGAUCUGAUCACCGUACUUACGGAGGCUCUGAAAUUUACAACAGCGUCCAAGGAACCGUUGCUGAAGGCGGGUGAACGUCUAGUACACGCUGCCGCCUUUUUCCUUUUUUCCAUUGUGCACGGCUAUCUUAGUGAAAGUGAAAGUAGCUCCAAGCGCAGUGUCCUAAAGGAACAUGUUCCAAAUGCCAUCGGCCUACACUUAGCUGUGCUUUCCAUGCUGACAGACACCACCGCCAGUGCAAAGAAAGUGAAUGCGCGCAUAACACCCCUGAUCCAACAGAUGAACGAAAUUUCUGGUUUCCUAAGCGCUAAGAUAACCCAUCUGCAGGCAUUUAUAAAAACAAGCGAAACGAUGACCUAUAUUUGCCUGCACUACAUGCAAAAUGUUGAUCGUGGCCAAUGGGAAGCUGGGACUAUGCCUGAUUGGCUCAAGGAAACCGUCUUGCAUCUGUGCGACACGGUUCUCAACCAAAUGGAAACAAUCCAAAAGAAAGAUGCACUAACUGUGCCCUUGGAAAAGGUGGAAGAGUAUCUGCGAGUAACGCACACAUAUUUAUUAAUGCUGUACGAACUUAUUAAGACUAAGUGGAAGCGAAUCUAUUUCGGAAGCCCUUAUUGAUUUGCUAAUGAGUGGCUCAUCGUAGGUCGGUCAAAUUCCACGCUUUUCUUGAAUUUGAUCAUGUUUAUUUUACGACUCAAGAUCUUGGCGAAAAUAUUUCAUUACUUAUAUCUAAAUAUAUACGACCAUGCUUACUGAAAAUCUUUGAGAUGGCCUAUCCAUUGGAGGACUUUCAAAAGCGACUUGUUUCUUUACUUAUCGACCCAGAGGAAGCAGAAAAUUACUUUUUUGAUAUUUGCUUUGAUUUUGUAGGUGUUGUCACAGUAGACAAUGCAGCUGUGACGCCUUAUACCUGUCAAACAUUGCAGAAAAUAUUUGAAUACAUAUUUAGAGACGCCUCUCAUUUUGUCAACGCUGACCAUUACGAACGAGCAAUUGAAGCCUUUGCCAGCCUAAUGUACUUGGCAGAAAGUGAGGAAUUAGUCAACUACUUUUGCUCUGCUGCCAUACCCACAUUACAGGUUAGUUGAGGUAAAUCCGGGCUGGAACAGAAACUCGCUAAUCCAGGCUACUAAUUACUGGAAAGAGUGCAACAACUCGUAUGCGAUGUUCUCACAUAGCCCGAGUCAGUGGCAUGUGCAGCGCUCCCUUAGGUAUUUCCAUGGCAUCGGAAAACAUGAGCCUCCACCAUUUACUGCUCAGAAUUUUCGGUAUCUCCAUGCUGUUGCACCUGUAAAUAACAGAUAUGGGGAAACUCUACUGGAGCGGUUGCAGCUCAUAGGCAAUGGUGCACAAAGUAAAAUAGAGCUGUACUAUGAAGUGGUGAGUAGAGUCGAAAGGAAUAUAAGGGUUUCUGAAGUUUGGUUUAUCAAGAGGUUGCUAUCAUGGAGCUAUUAGCGCACCAAAAAAAGACGGAUCUUUCAAAGUGGCUUCAACAGACAUAUGAAUUCGUCAGGGAGCUACUCAAGGAAGAAAAGCGCGAUACAUUCACCAGUGUAUAUUUCCAGCUGGUGGGCCAUACUAGCCCAUCCGCACAGCUGCAACUAUUACGGGGAUAUACGGGGAACUAUAUGCAACUGGCAUAUCCAGAAGUUUCUACAUGCCUGCAAGGGCGGCGAUGAUGCACAGCUGAGGGCAUUCAGCGCACGCCACUCCAUAGAUAAAAUAGUGCUACCCCUGUUGGAAGCAGUGCAGCAGAAACCAUCGCCUGGGACCACCGCAUCGGACAGACAGUGAAAAUUGCUGACUAAAUCUAGCUAUAAGCGCGAUACGGAGCACGUCUGUAAAGUGCAGUGUCUGAAGCGUAAGCGGGCUGAGAGCACACCCAAGGAAAUAAUAAGGGAACUCCACGACAGUUCCCUACAGCUGGUUCAGAGUGUAGUCGGUCUGGAUGCUGCGGAUAAAGAGCAGGUAAAAAAAGUCAUCGACAGCUUGUGUAACAUUCUGAAAAGAGUAGAUUGUAUUGUUUAAAUCAUAUAAGUAGUGGUAGUAAAUAAGUAGUCUUCGAACAUCAAAUCUCUGGUUUAUAGUAUCCAUGUCACGUUCUUGAAUAAGAAUACCUAAUAAAGUGAAUGUUUCUGCAUGGCAUCAUACUGACAA